AUGUCGGAUAAUCGUAAAUAUGAUGAAUACCUGGCAUGUAAUAGUGAUCGACCUCCAAUAAUAGAUGGAACACCACCUUGUUUUGCUAAUCUAAUGCAAAGAUGUUGGGAUUCUGAUUUUGAGAAAAGACCUACUUCAUCUGAAAUUUAUGAUAUAAUUGUUAUUGAAAAUCAAAUUGUACAAAAUCUUUCUAGUUAUUUACAUUUAAGUAGACAAACUAAUAUAUAUUUUGUAGGUGAAUUAAAAAUUCCGCAGAUUUCGAAUCAACCUAAGUAA